UCUUUAUUUGAGCUAGAGGGUUUCUUGGUUUUCAGAUGAUCAUGGAACGGAAAUUCCAGCCUGUUAUCAUCUUUAGCUUUAGUAGAAGAGAGUGUGAACAACAUGCCAUGUCUAUGUCCAAGCUUGACUUCAACACCCAAGAGGAAAAGGAAACAGUGGAACAUGUUUUCCAAAAUGCAGUUCUCUGCUUGAAUGAAGAAGACAGGAGCUUACCUGCUAUUGAGUUGAUGUUGCCACUUCUUCAGCGAGGGAUUGCUGUUCAUCAUUCUGGACUUCUUCCUGUUAUAAAAGAAUUGGUUGAGCUUCUUUUCCAGGAAGGUCUUGUAAAAGCCCUCUUUGCUACUGAAACAUUUGCAAUGGGUUUAAAUAUGCCAGCAAAAACUGUUGUAUUCACUGCUGUAAAGAAGUGGGAUGGUGAUAGUCACCGUUAUAUUGGAUCUGGUGAAUAUAUACAGAUGAGUGGAAGGGCUGGACGUCGUGGCAAAGAUGAGCGUGGAAUUUGUAUCAUAAUGAUUGAUGAACAGAUGGAAAUGAAUAACCUCAAAGACAUGGUUUUGGGUAAACCUGCUCCUUUAGUUAGUACAUUCAGGCUUAGCUACUACUCAAUUUUAAAUUUGAUGAGCCGAGCAGAAGGCCAAUUUACUGCCGAACACGUAAUACGAAAUUCAUUUCAUCAAUUUCAAUAUGAAAAGGCCUUACCAGAUAUGGGGAAAAAGGUGUCACUGCUGGAGCAGGAAGUAGCAUUGCUUGAUGCUUCAGGGGAGGCUGAAGUAUCUGAAUAUCAUAAGCUAAAACUGGAAAUAGCACAGCUGGAGAAGAAGAUGAUGUCAAAAAUAAUCAGGCCUGAAAUAAUUCUUUAUUUUCUUGUCCCUGGUCGGUUGAUCAAAGUAAGAGAAGGUGGAACUGAUUGGGGCUGGGGUGUUGUAGUCAAUGUUGUUAAGAAACCUUCUGGUGGUGGUUAUAUUGUUGAUACUUUACUUCAUUGUUCACCUGGUUCAAAUGAAAACAGUUCACGGCCAAAACCAUGUCCACCCCGCCCUGGAGAGAAAGGUGAAAUGCACGUGGUAAGUUGACAUUUCAAGAUUUUA